CCCCGCCCCGCCGCCCCCCGCCGCCGCCGCCGCUGGCGGAGCCAUGCGCCCCGCGCCGCUGCUCGGGCUCCUGCUCUGGGCGCUGCUGCUCUGGGCGCCGCCGCCGGUACGCGGCCUCCGCCACGGCGUCCACUGGAACGGCAGCAACCCCAGGUUCCUGCGGGAUGACUACGCCAUCCAGGUGGCCAUCAAUGACUACCUGGACAUCUACUGCCCGCACUACGAGGGGGCCGUGCCCGCCGGCCGGGCAGAGACCUUCACGCUCUUCAUGGUGGACCGGGAGGGCUACCGCGGAUGCCACGAGACCCCUGGCGCCUUCAAGCGCUGGGAGUGCAACCGGCCCCAGGCGCCCUUCGGGCCCGUCCGCUUUUCAGAGAAGAUCCAGCGCUUCACCCCCUUCUCGCUCGGCUUUGAGUUUCAGCCAGGGGAGACCUACUACUACAUCUCUGUCCCCAGCCCCGAGAGCGUCGGGCGCUGCCUGAAGCUGCGCGUCUCCGUCUGCUGCAGAGACACCACACUGGAGCCAGUGACGGAGGUUCCCAAUUCACAGCCUCACGGGCGCGGGGGGCCGGAGGACGCGGUGCCCGCCCAGGGCAUUGCAGCCCCGCUGCAGCCCCGCACCCCAUGCCUUGCGCUCAUGCUCCUGGCCCUGCUCUGGAUCUGAUCCCCCGGUGCUGCCCAUGGUGGGGAGAUGGGCUCCUCUGCCCCACCGCCUGCUUCCGGACUCUUCCUCCACCGCCAUCCCCCUGCCAAGCCCAUGCGGCAGCCCUGGGCCACGACUCAUCCACCGGACCUCCACAGAGCCGAGCCAGGGCCAGGAGCUCCAGCCUGGAAGGGACCUCGCUUCCCGCCGGCAUUGCCGUAUAUCAGCCCCGCUGGCCGGCCUGCCCUGCCACUGGGCUCCCCAAAGCUCGACGGACGCCUGCUCUGCCCCAGGGCCGUUGCCUCAUCUUGUGCCUUCCCCCAUGGACCCCCUGCCACAGGGGACAGGGACCCCCAGGCCCUGGAGCGAGGCGGCAGCUCCUCCGGGCACUGCUGUCCUCCAGCGAGGACACCGAUCUGUCUUCUGGGAAGACGCCCUCCUUCAUGCCGUCACCGGCCUCUACGGUUUGGUUUUAACCCCUGGUAGUGACUGAGCCAAGCAAUACAGUGUUUGCAAGAUCGGUGUGCCCUCGGGCUCUGCAGCCCCCACCCCUGGCCUCACGCUGCCCGUGGUCCCCUCCUGCCUGUGCCCACCUGCCUGCGGUCCCUGUCCCCGCAGGGAUGCUGGGGCACGGGCCAGGGCAGCCGCCCCCGGGGAUGCCUGCAUCUCUCACCACAACCUUUGAGGCCGGGGCUUUAAUUGCAGUGAUUUGAUAUUGAGAUGUCAGCUCAUGUAACAGGGAGAGCUUUAAUUACA